UUGACACACUAAUAGAAAUGUCAAAAUAGACCAUUCUAAUUUCGUCUCUUCUGAUCACACUGGUACUACAACUUUUCAGAGCUCAUACUCAUACUCACACAUCGCUACUUUGAUUUCUCCACCUUAUCGCUCUUCAUCCUCCGUUUUCUCACUCAAAUGGGCCACGCUACGACGUCGUUCCUUCCGGCGGCGGUUGUUUUACCGGCGACUCCUAGUUUAUCUUCUCGCCGUUUCACUGGUGCACCUCGGUGGAGUACCGCCAAGUUACGACGGCGAUUUCUAUGCCCUUCUUCUAGGAGUACAUUUUGUAGGCAGAAUCUUUGGUUGGAAGGUUCAUCUCUAUUGUCAAAUAAUAAAAUACACCAUAGAGGGAAGUGUGUGACCUAUGCUACGAGUAACGAUGCGGAGAAACUAGUUUCGUUUUCAAAUUUCGGAGGAAAAGAGAAAGGUACACGUAAAAGAUUGGAGCUCAAAGGUCUUUUGAAGGGUCACAUAGCUACAAUAAUUUGCUCUUUAUCUAUAUCACCCUUUAUCUUUCUUGGAUGGAGUACUUUGAAUAUGGCCAGCAUGUUACUGAAAACGCUCAAGGGCUUGCAGGCCAUUCCAAUGCAAUAUUUUGGAUUCACGAAUCUGCCAUUUUCUUCCUUGUCUAGUUCACUAAACAAGCCUACACCUCUCAACUUGGAUGUUUCUUUACCUUCAAUUGGGGAUCUCCAGUGGAGUCUUGCACGAAUGAUGUAUCUAUUCAACAUGCAAGUAGAAAGAAAUGUAGCUACGUUCUUUCUGGUACUUGUUGUGGCGUGCUUCUCGUUCGUUUUCAUUGGUGGUUUCCUCUUCUAUAAAUUCAGGGCCGAUAAGGGUAGUGCAAAUUCUCUGGAGGAUUGCUUCUGGGAGGCCUGGUCUUGUCUUAUUUCCUCAUCAACCCAUUUAAGACUGAGAACACGUUUUGAACGAGUUGUUGGCUUUAUGCUUGCUAUAUGGGGCAUAUUAUUCUACUCUCGCCUGUUGAGCACGAUGACAGAGCAGUUCAGAAAUAACAUGCAAAAGCUCAGGGAGGGUGCACAAAUGCAAGUUUUAGAGGCUGAUCAUAUAAUCAUUUGCGGAGUGAAUAGUCACCUAAGCUUCAUACUAAAGCAGAUAAAUCAGUAUCAUGAGUUUUCUAUCCGUUUAGGCACUGCUCAUGAUAGGAGGCAGAGAGUUCUUCUCCUUUCUGAUCUUCCGAGAAAGCAGAUGGAACGAAUUGCUGAGAAUAUAGCUAAAGAUCUUAGCCAUAUCGACAUUCUAACAAAAAGCUGCAGCCUCAGCUUGACAAAAUCUUUUGAAAGAGCUGCAGCAAAUAAGGCUCGCGCUGUAAUUAUUUUGCCAACAAAAGGAGAUAGGUAUGAAGUCGAUACGGAUGCGUUUUUAUCGGCGCUGGCAUUGCAGCCGAUUGCAGAAAUGGCAUCUGUACCUACGAUUGUCGAGGUUUCUAAUUCAAGUACUUGCGAGUUGCUGAAGUCAAUAUCAGGACUCAAAAUAGAGCCAGUUGAAAAUGUUUCUUCCAAAUUGUUUGUUCAGUGCUCUCGACAAAAGGGGCUGAUCAAGAUCUACCGACACUUGCUGAAUUACAAAAAAAAUGUAUUUAAUCUUUGUGAUUUCCCCAGCCUAGCUGGAAUGAAGUACAGGCAAUUGAGACGUGGUCUACAAGAGGUGGUUGUUUGUGGUCUAUACCGAAGUGGGACAGUAAUCUUCCAUCCAAAUGACGAGGAGGUUUUGAAUGAAACAGACAAAGUUUUAUUCGUUGCUCCUCUUUAUGGGAGGAUGAAACCGCAACUGUCCUACUCAGAUGUUGAAGUAAAUAAGGAGAUCCAAAACCUAGAAGAAGACUUGGGAAAGAAAGGUGAGUCUAACAAAGAUAUGGCAGCAUUAGUAAAAGUGCGUCGUGAAAAUACUAAAAGGCGUCCCUCAAAACAACAUUCUAAGGCAUCGGACUGGAUUCUAGGGCCAAAAGAAAACAUACUGUUGGUUGGUUGGCGCCCAAAUAUAGCAGAACUGAUUAAAGAAUAUGACUCGUAUCUUGGACCUGGAAGUUCAAUGGAAAUAUUAUCUCAUGUACCUUUAGAGGAGAGGAACAGCGCCCUUGCUGGUCUACACCUUGAACACAUACAAAUUUCCCACAUGGUAGGAAACCCAAUGGAUCAUGAUACAUUAAAGGAGGCCAUAAUGAGAAGCCAAACUUCUUUGAAAAAGGGUGAAGAGAUCCCAUUCUCAGUUGUUGUAAUCUCAGAUAAAGAGUUGAUAAUUGGAGAUCCAUCCAGGGCAGACAAGCACUCUGUAUUUGCUCUUCUCUUGGCUGAGAACCUUUGUCAUAAACUUGGAGUGAAGGUGCACAAUCUUGUUGCUGAGAUAGUUGACUCAAAACUUGGCAAACAAGUAACAAGAAUAAAACCAUCACUGACUUAUAUUGCAGCCGAGGAACUGAUGAGUCUUGUUACUGCUCAUGUUGCAGAGAAUAGCGAAUUGAAUGGAGUAUGGAAAGACAUUUUGGAUGCUGACGGUGACGAAAUAUAUAUUAAGGAUAUUGCCUUGUACAUGAAAGAGGGUGAAACCCCAUCAUUCAACGAGCUGUCUGAAAGAGCGUGUUUAAGGCGAGAAGUUGCCAUCGGUUAUGUGAAAAACAACAAAAAGGUUAUAAAUCCAAAUCCGAAAUCAGAACCUCUCAACUUUGAUAGGACUGAUUCGCUGAUUGUGAUAUCCGAGUUUGAAGGAGAACAACCUAUACUCGAAUAACUCCCUAACAAUACAGAUAUUUAACCAUGGCUCCAUUCUAGCCACGAGCAUAAGUUGUAGGUGUUAUGAAUCUAGCAGGAUCUUGGACUAGUUGUUAGUCUAAGGUACGCCAUGUUAGUCUAAGGUACAUUCCCCACGAAAAAAUAAAAAAAAGUCUACACGAGAAAAUAGAUAAAUACUCCGUACUUUGUAUAUGCAAAUUUCUGAUACCUACGGAGUACUACUACCUAUACAUUGAACUACUUUGCUAAGGAGAAAUGCGUUUGUAACUUUGUAAUCCCUAUGCUCUCUUAUGUAUUAGCAUCAUGUUGGGUAUAUUAGUAAAUUGCAUUUGACAGGAUCAAUUAUUGAGCUUAAAUGUGCAAAA